UCCUUGGGUAUAGAUUGGCUGAGUAACACGUACGGCGUUUGCUGUUUGGCCCCUACAGGUGACGGUCUUAGAUGCAUCCCCGCCCCCAGCCUGGGCCGGGGUCCGGAGCUCGGCUCCUUGGGGCGGGGGCCAGGAUUGGGGCUAGGGCUAGGGCCAGGGCUGGGCCAGGGGCUGGAGCCAGAGCCAGGGCUGGAGUUGGGGUCCGGGCGUCCGCAUUGACAUCUCUGUCAAUUGGACCAUGGAGUCUGGCGCUUGCCCAAGCCCCCAGCGCCUGCUUAUCUGCCUGCAGCCGCUCUUCCUCUUGCUGCUUCUGGGGCCCAGCCGACCUGGCUCCGCUGAGGAGGUUGUCCUUCUGGAUUCCAAGGAAUCCCAGGCUGAGCUAGGAUGGACUGCACUGCCCAGUAAUGGGUGGGAGGAAAUCAGUGGAGUGGAUGAGAACGACCGACCAAUCCGAACCUACCAGGUGUGUAACGUGCUGGAACCCAACCAGAACAACUGGCUGCAGACAGGUUGGAUUGGGCGGCGCGGCGGGCAGAGGAUUUUCAUCGAGCUCAAGUUCACCCUUCGGGAUUGUAGCAGCAUCCCAGGGGUGGCCGGAUCUUGCAAGGAGACCUUCAACCUGUACUACACGGAGGCCGAGGCAGAGGCUGGGGCAGGCGUCGAAGGGGAAGGAAAGGCUGGGGCUGCUCUAGGAGGAACCUUGCUGGAGAGCCGCCAGCGCAAGGUGGCCACCAUCGCAGCAGACGAGAGCUUCACGCAGGGGGAUCUGGGCGAGCGCAAGAUGAAGCUCAACGUGGAGGUGAGGGAGAUCGGGCCCCUGAGCAGGGACGGCUUCCACCUGGCCUUCCAAGAUGUGGGUGCCUGCGUGGCCCUGGUCUCGGUGCGAGUCUAUUACAAGCAGUGCCUGGCCACGGUGCAGAACCUGGCAGCCUUCCCAGACACCGUGGCCGAGGCUGCCUUCUCCUCGCUGGUGGAGGUCACUGGCACGUGUGUGGCCCACUCGGAGGGGGAGCCCGGCCGCCCUCCCCCUCGAAUGCACUGCAGUGCCGAUGGGGAGUGGCUCGUGCCUGUGGGCAGGUGCAGCUGCAGCGCUGGCUUCCAGGAGCGCGAGGAGUCCUGUGAAGCCUGCCCCCCUGGAUUUUAUAAGGUGUCCCCGCGGAGGCCACUCUGUUCCCCGUGCCCCGAGCAUAGCAGCGCUCUGGCCAACGCCUCCACGCUCUGCGUCUGCCAGGACAGCUACUCCCGCUCCCCAGCGGACCCACCCUCGGCCUCCUGCACCCGUCCUCCGACUGCCCCCCGGGAUCUGGUCUACAGGCUGAGCCGCUCCACUCUGCUGCUGCGCUGGAAUCCCCCGGAGGACUCUGGCGGCCGCUCGGACAUCACUUACACCGUCCUGUGCCAGCGUUGCGGCGAGGAUGACCCGGGCGUGGAUCAGGGGCAAGGGUUUGGCCAGGGAUCCGAGGGUGCCGAGGGCACCUGCGAACCCUGCGGACCCAGCGUGAGUUUUGUGCCACGCCAGACCGGAUUGCGAGAGAGGACAGUCACCUUGCUCCACCUGCUCCCGCACUCCCGCUACACCAUCCGGGUGGCGGCGCUCAACGGCGUCUCCGGCCUGGGCGCUGUGGGGACCACUUAUGCCCAGGUCACAGUGCCCACGGGUCUGGCGGGAUCCAGUGGAGUGACUGAGAUCCAUCCAGACCGAGUGGAACCCAAGAGUGUCUCCCUCUCCUGGGAGGAGCCAGGGUUCCCAGGGGUCCCAGGAGCCAACAACACUGAGUAUGAAAUUCAGUACUUUGAGAAGGGUCAGAGGGAGCAGACCUAUGCCACUGUCAGGACAGGAGCACCUGCUGUCACAGUCAAUAACCUGAAGCCAGCAACACUCUAUGUUUUCCAAAUCCGAGCAGCCUCACCCUCCCUCUCCCCAGAAAUUGGAAACUUCACCCCUAGCAUAGAAGUUGAGACGCUAGUGGAGGCUGGCUCCGGGUCCAGGAAGCAGAACCCUGCCGUCGUUGCUGUGAUCGUUGCUGUAACUGUCCUCCUUAUCCUAGGCUUCGGCUUGAGUUUUCUGGCUAUUUGGAAGAGGCAAUGCAUAUAUGGCAAAGGCUUUAGAGGCGGCAAUGAUGAUGAACUCUACUUCCACUUCAAGGUCCCAACGAGAAGGACAUAUAUUGACCUGGAAAACUCUGCUGACCCUAUGCAGGCGUUGCACCUGUUUGCCAAAGAGCUGGACAGCUCCAAUGUCUCUGUCCACAAAAUCAUUGGCACAGGUCAGUUUGGAGACAUGUGCAGUGGCUGCCUGAAGCUGCCAGGUGGACGGAGCCUCCUGGUGGCUGUGCACACUCUAUGUGAUGGAGCUUCGGAAAAGCAGAAGCUUCGUUUCUUGGCGGCAGCCUGUGCUCUGGGUCAGUUUGACCACUCCAACAUUGUCCGGCUGGAAGGCGUCAUCACCAGAGGCAUCACCAUGAUGAUUGUCACUGAAUUCAUGGGCAAUGGGGCCCUGGAUGACUUCCUCAGGAGAUAUGAUGGGCAGCUCACUGUGAAACAGCUGGUGGGGCUGUUGCCGGGGGUAGCUUCUGGAAUGCGGUACCUGUCAGAGAUGGGCUAUGUCCACCGUGGCCUGGCUGCCCGUCAUGUACUAGUCAGCAAUGGCCUUGACUGCAAGAUCUCAGGCUUCGGGCAGGGCCCCCAGGACCAGGCUGAAGCUGUUUAUACUACGUUGAGUGGCAGGAGCCCAGUUCUAUGGGCAGCCCCCGAGACUGUCCAGUUGGGCCAGUUUACCUCAUCCAGUGAUGUGUGGAGCUUUGGAAUCCUCAUGUGGGAGGUGAUGGCAUUUGGAGAGCGGCCAUACUGGGACAUGUCCAGCCAGGAUGUGAUCCAGGCCGUGGAGGAUGGCUUCCGGCUCCCACCUCCCCGGAGCUGCCCCUCCGCACUGCACCAGCUCAUGCUCCACUGUUGGCGGAAGAACCCCAAGGAGCGACCUAGGUUCACACAAAUCCAUAGUAUCCUGUGCAAGAUGGCAAAGGACCCGGAGAAUCCCCCAAUUACGGCCCUCACCUGCCCCAGAUACGUCCCAGACAACCUCACCUGUCCCAGAUAUAUCCCUGACAUCCUCACUCUCAACUGUCCCAGGUCUGUGGAUGAGUGGCUGGAGGCCCUGAACUUGGACCAAUACAAGAAUAGGUUUGCCUGUGCCGGUUAUAAAUGCCUGGAGUCUGUGGCCAUGUUGAGUCUUGAUGACUUGUUCCGUCUCGGCAUCUUCAAUCGAGCGCAUCGAGAUAUCCUCCUGAGUGGGAUUCGGAUGCUUCGGACCCAAGUCAUUGAGCUGCAGGGCCAAGGGGUGCAAGUGUGAGCUGGGUUCCUCCUUCUCUCCUGUUUGUGAGGCUCAAGGACACUGGCUCUUUGGCCCUGCCCUAUCCCCCGCUCAGCUCUCUUCUCUGGCUGGGAGGUUGUUGGCCUCCUGGGGCUUCUGAUACCUUUUCUGACCUCAAGCCACCAGACUCCAAGCUUCUAGCCCUGUGGAUCCCAGGGCCUAGAGCCUGCCUGGAGGAGUGAAGCAGGCGUGGUGGCAGGGGGUCAGUAACUCUCCUACUUCUCAGUCCCAGCCCGCUCUGUUCCUCUAAACAGCUUUCUGCCCCACUAUUCCCAGUUCCCCAUGCCCUAAUCUCCACAAUCAGUCUUUAUUCCCCAACCGGCUCCUCCCUGUGGGACCCUCAGGCCUGUGAGAGAAGAUGGGGGGCUCUGGGAAGUACGUGUGAUGAGCAUUCUCAAUUCUAGUCUCCCAAUUCUUCCACUGCUCCCUUCCCCACUCACACCUGGUUUUGUCCCCAUCUGGGAUGGGAUUCAAGGGAGGGAAGAGGUAGCUGAAGCAUGAGAAGGGGACAUUUGUUUCUGUGGCCCUACCUAGUCCUAGAAGAGGGGGCCCCUUUCCUUCCAGCCCCCCGGAUCUCCUAAAGCCUAAGCAGGAAGCCGGAGAGGAGCCCAGCUUGGCACUGGGAGCAGCCAGGAAGCCUUGGGAUCUAGCUAGCUAACCUGAAGGUUGGUCUUAGCCUCCCCCGUCUCAGGUGCUUAUCAAGACACAUCUGUCUGUCUUCUGUUCAUCUGGGUCCCUCUUCAGGGCCAUCUCAUCUACUCCCAACGUCAUCCAUCCCCCAGAUUCAUAGACCGAUGAGAAUCUGUCCUCCUUAAAGAUAUCACUGCCUCCUUGGAAGUUCUGCAACAGGUCUAGUCUUUCUUGCUGCCAGUUCCUUUUCACCUGGAGUCAGAGAGGAGCUCACCUUCUGAGUGACUCACCUGGGAUCUGCCACACUCACGCCGCCGCCAGCCUGGGGGGAGGAGGGAGACAAACAGGGUUUUCAUUUUGAAUUCCUUUACACAAGAGCAGGGAUUGGACUUUUCCCCUCCCUGUAUCUGGUCCCAGGUAAGAACUCUGAGCUGCUCUUCUCUUCUCAGCCCACAAAACCCCAUUAUUUAGCCUCCAGGGAGUAUGGGGAAGAGAAUCCUAGAAUGUCAAACCCCAAAGAGAGCUGAGAUAACUUGGCUCAGCCUUAGAGAAAGCAAGUUCCAGAUCUGGGAAACAACUUGCUCAAAGUUGCUGAGUGAGUAGGAGAGCUGGUACUAGAACUGGGGUUUCCUGGCUCUUGGGGCUCUUCCCAUUUCAUCAGGAGGACUCCUAGGAAAGCCUUGAGUGUCUUACCCUGGACUUUAACUGCCUUCCGAUAGAGGGGCCCAGAGGAGGGAAGCCAGAGAAGGUCUUUAGGUGCCAAGGUGGGCUUUAAAGGUUGGGCAACAGUAAAGAGACAGGCAGGGUACAGAGCAUCCCUGGAUCCAAGUGAAUGGUGAUUUGGGAGGGAAGGGUGAGUUGCAAUUCAAUGCCUGGCAUGAGUGAGAUAAGCUGGAGAAUAGGGAAGUUGGGUGGGCUGGGAAGAAGGCUAGGGGGCCAGGAAUGGGGGACUUAUUCCUAACUGGUCUGUAUUGGACCAAGGAAAGAAGGGUCAAGGAAAGCAAGUCCCUCACCCUCCCACUCCCAGGCACACUACUUCCCCAGGACAAAACAUCUCUGCCUCCUCAGAGGAGGGAAUCUGGGGCUAGAAAGGAGCUAUGGGUGCUGUCUGGAAUUCUCUUUUUUCUUUUCCAAGGAGAGGGAUCCUAGGCUCCAGUGAGUUAGCUGUCCUCUAACUUUCACACUGUAGCUUGUGACAUCUAAGGAUGGGUUGAAAGGAUUGGUGAUGUUAACUGGAAGAAGAAGAAGAAGAAGAGAUCUUGAUGGGGAUGAGAGCCUGUCGUACAAUAUCUGAAGGGUUGUCCCAAGAUAAAUAUACUUGGUUGGUUUGUCCCGAGGGCAGGGCUUGGAGAAAUGGAGGGGACCGGCAGGGAGCUGACUCCCUGACAAUCCCAAGAUAGAAUGGACUUGGGGUGGGGGGUGCUGGAGUACAAUUUGGUGACAGUGCUGUAAAGAACAUUUCUAUACAAGGAACAGUGGUAGGAAAUGCCCUCUGUCCCUCCUGGGGUCCCCCCUGCCCACCUCUGGGACUUCGUGAUUACACUCCCAGUUAUACAUGGUCUACACCCCCCCCCAUUCUAUACAGAUCUAUUUUUAUAUGGAAGUUAAUUUCACCACAGUGUAAGCCAAUGGGGCGGAGGGGGCGAGGUGUGAUGGGGUGGGGGUGGGGGGUUCUUUGUGAUUUGAUUUCUUUGGUUAAUUUUGGAGAUGUUUUGUAUUUAUGGGGUCCUGUCUGCUACAUGCAAUAAUAAAGAUGUAUGGACAUCUGGACUGUGAAAUAAA